AUGUUUUGGCGAUUUGGAGGCUACUCCAAUAUCUCCUCUAUCGACACCCUCCUCGAAAAGCCCAAUGUCCGGCUUGAAGACUUACUGGAAGAGUCCGACCUUAUUCAGGAGCUCAAGUCGCACCAUACCAAAUUGAUAGAAUACCUGCGCGACGAUUCAAAUCUACAUGCUCUCCUAAACUACGUUAUUGCACCUGGUCCCAGGUCUGAGGCUGAUGAAAAUGAGGAGGAUGUGAAUGCCAAAGGCCUUGCGACGGUUAAUGAGGAUGACCCGCAGCCCCUGGACGAAGAACAAGAGAAGGCGGAGAAGAAGCGCUUGAAAUAUGCCUUUGUCGCUUGUGAGAUCUUGUCUUGCGAGACCUGGUCGAUUACAGAGUCACUCGUGGCCAACACUGCUUAUCUCACGGAAUUUUGGGAUUUUCUGCGGAGGCCUGCUCCACUGGACCCCCUGCAGGCGGGCUAUUUCACAAAGGUCAACGAGACUCUGCUUGAAAAGAAGACCGAGGAGAUGUUGGAUUUCUUCAAAUCUCUUCCCGGCAUCGUUCCUGCUAUUCUACAGCACGUCGAUUGUCCCAUGGUGAUGGACCUGCUGUUGAAAAUCAUCAGCUUGGAAAAAUCAGAUGGCGGAAUGGGCAUCGUUGACUGGCUUCAUGGGCAAGAUCUGAUUCCUAUGCUCCUUUCCAACCUGUCUCCCGAAUGCAACUCCUCGACCCAGACCUCUGCCGGGGAUUUUUUGAAAGCCAUCAUAACAAUAUCCGCGAAUGCAGCUCAAAAUGAGCAAUCCUGUAUUGGCCCCAACAGCCUGACACGCCAAUUGGUGUCGGAAAAGUGUAUACGACAGCUUAUUUCAUAUAUGCUCAAAGGUGGGAAUCCGCUUACAGUGGGCGUGGGAAUUGUGAUUGAAGUCAUCCGGAAGAACAACUCCGACUAUGAUCCAGAUCAAGGUCACAGCGCCGACGCUCCACCAACAAACCACGACCCCAUCUAUCUCGGCACCCUCCUGAGGUUGUUUGCCCAACAUGUUCCGGAUUUCAUGAACCUCAUCCUCAGUUCCAAACAUACCGUCACUAAAGGUGAGGAGACAACGGUAGUGGAGAGAGGUCAACUCAAAUCAGCAUGGGGGACUCAAAUUGAGCCUCUCGGUUUUGACCGAUUCAAGACCUGUGAGUUGAUGGCAGAAUUACUGCAUUGCAGCAAUAUGGGCCUUCUGAACGAGAGGGGCAGUGAAGAAUUCAUCAAGGCAAGAGACGCCGAAAGAGAGAGGUUAAGAGCGCAAGGGGCUUUUCUGUCCACCAGGCAAUCGGAAGAUUCGACAGUCGACAUUUCGGCGAGUUCGUCGAGGUUUGAAAAUGCAUUCACUCCCUCGGGGUCCACCUCGACAGAAGAGCUACGCAUCGCCAAUCUGAACGACGAGGAUGGAUUUGAGAAGGUGGCUGUUUCGGAGGCGACAGAGCUCCCUCUAGGCUCAAAACCCGAUCCGGCUGAAAAGCCAGAAUCCCACGAUCAUCCGACCACGCCGACCGGUGCUCUGGAUGAGACCGUGCGCCGUCUCAGUCUAGAAGACACGGACAUGACCGCCCCCGACGAACAUGAACCAAAUAUUCAGACUUCAGCUCGGGAGUCUCAGCCUGGAGACAUUUCACCUCAUCCAGAGGACAAACCAGCACCUCUAUUCUCAAAAUCGUCGGAUCCCAACAAGACACCCACGGCAAACAGCCCAGAGCCGCCUACAAGCCCUUCAACCGUGAAAAUUCGACUUGAUGAUGGAGGCCACGCAGGUCAGCCAGAGGGCGAAUCGUUCCAAUCGGCACAAGAUGACACAAUGCAAAUCGUCCAGCCCGAGCAACCAGCUGCGGACGAGGCGCCAGUCGUGGGAGAUUACUUGAAGAUCAUGUUUGUGGAGAACAGGGUUGUUCCAACAAUUUUGAGUUUCUUUUUCCGCUUCCCUUGGAACAACUUCCUCCACAACGUCGUGUAUGAUGUUGUGCAGCAAGUUUUCAACGGGCCUAUGGACCGGGGCCACAACCGAUUCCUUGCAUUUGAUCUCUUUGAGACUGGUCGGAUUACUGACGCGAUAAUUGAAGGUCAAAGACGAAGUGACGAGGAACAACGUGCCAGAAAUAUGCGCCUAGGAUACAUGGGACACCUGACACUAGUAGCAGAAGAGGUCGUCAAGUUUGGCGAACGACACCCCAGAGAAUUGUUGUCGCCUGUUGUUCAGGACUACAUCUACUCUCAAGCUUGGGAGGAAUACGUGACUAAGACACUCGCUGAGACCAGAGAACGCGACAACGCCAUCCUGGGAGGCUUUCGACCGGACAACGGUCUCGGCCCCAGACAAGCUGUUCUAAAUGCCGUCAAUGCAGGUCAAGGCUUUGGUGUAUCGAGCGGAUUGGCUGGCGUUGGAUUGGGUGGUGGCCAACAUGGUCUAGACAGCAUCGACUUGUCCAACAAUGGCAGCGCCACUAGUGCUGGCUACAAUUCAAGUGGGUCAGUUUCCAGUGGGUUUGGGAGCUCCUCGGACGACGAUGACGAAGAUAUGGAUGAUGCAGAGGAUGAAGAGCAUGUGAGCACGGUGACUCAGCUUUCUACUGCUGAUAGCGGUCUUUCGUCGGAGAACUCCGACCAGCCAAUACCUUUACUUCCACCUCCGCCGGCACCACUCAACAUCGAACCAUCACGUGCUCGCCGACGGUUGGCUGAUCGAUUAGCGAGACACAAACAAGAGGCCGAGCAAGAAGUGGCUGCGUCCGAGUUUGGUUCCGAAGCAGACGACCCAUUUGCUGCCCUUGGGAACGGCGGCGAUAACGACGCAGGCGACCCGUUUUCGUUAGACGAGGAAGAGCAAGAUAUUACUACAUUUGGGAAGCGGAGCAACAUCAACUCGCUUAAUACAAGCACGAGUGAUCACCACAGCUUUUCAGUUAGCAGAGGUCUGACCAGUCUGUUUUCUUCAGCGCCCAGUCGAGAUAUGCAGGGACAAACGUCGCAUGAUGAUUUCGACGGGUCACUGGACGAUUCGUCGUCUGAUGGUUCGGGCUCUGAUAUCGAUUCGGGAAAUCCACCCCUGGAGGCAAGAACAAGUCUCGAGCGCCGCCCCCUGGAAGUUUUUGAAGACGAAGAGAUGGGAGAAAUGGUGGCUCCCACAGAAGAAGUCGAGAGCAAUAGCUCCGACGAAGAAGUUUUGAGUCCGUUGGAGAAAGAAAAGUUGCCCAACGCGUAUGGAAUGAAUGAUGACGCCGACGAGCAGGGCUCGGAGUUCACGGGGCAAGCGGACCAUGAUGACGACGACGAGGAUCAUUUGGUUGAGAUUGCGAUCCCUGCGAGCUCGAAGCGGAGAUCUCGAGGUUGA